AUGGAGUUUGAGCUCGUUCCUGCAUUUUCUGACUUGACCGUGGGCAUGCCGGGAGGCGCCAGAGGAGUUAAGCAUAUAAUACCUACAGGCUGCACCGCGCCGCCUCCAGCCGCAGAAGAGAAAGCUCCCGAUGCCGAGCUGGCUCGAUUUUUCAAUUAUGAGAAUGAUGAGAUCUUGACACUGGGCUGGAAAAAGGCGUAUUCGACGCUCUAUAUGAGCGCCAGGGGCACUCUUGCCGAAUGGACCUUACGAUCCUAA